AUACUAUAUAUACACAAAUAGAAAUAUAACAGCAGGUUCUAUUCUCAUAUUCUGUAAUCAAUUUUGAAUAUCCAGUCAAUUUACAGUCAAUUUAGAGAGAAAUAUCCAAUCCUUAAUUUUUGAAAAAUUUCAGUUUUGCGGAUAUAUAGAGGGAGAGUUUCAGAUUGGGGCCUUUUUUUUGUUGGUUUGGUUGUGUGGGUCGGUGGUGAUGCUUUGAGAGAGAAAAUGGAGAUGGUCAAUGCUGCGUCGUAUGGGGAGGAUGAUCGAGGAAUGGUGCAGAUCGCUGGUGAGUUUGGAUUUGAUGGAGAGGAGGAAGGUGUAAUGAAUGGAAUGGAAGAAGUGGCGCAAAUGAGUUCGAUUAAUGGUAGUAUGGUUCAAUCGACUAGGGCUAGUGAGCUUACUAUCGCCUUUGAAGGGGAAGUGUAUGUUUUUCCUUCUGUUACACCUGAAAAGGUGCAAGCUGUGUUGUUACUUCUGGGAGGGUCUGAUACAUCUGUUAGUGUACCAAGCUCUGAAUUUUUGCUACAACAAAAUACUGGAGUAUAUCAUAGUGUGGAUGAUGCUUCCCGAGGAUCAAAACUUUCAAGAAGAAUUGCCUCCCUGGUUAGGUUCCGUCAAAAGCGGAAAGAUAGAUGCUUUGAAAAGAAAAUUCGAUACAAUUGCCGGAAAGAAGUUGCCAAGAGAAUGCAUCGUAAGAAUGGACAAUUUGCAUCGUUGAAGGAUUGUUAUAAUACAGAUGCCGGCAGUAACUGGGAACCAAGCAAUGUCAUUUCUCAUUCUGAAUCUAUUUUACGUAGAUGUCAACACUGUGGGAUUAGCGAGAAGGCCACUCCAGCAAUGCGUCGAGGGCCAGCUGGUCCAAGAAGUCUCUGCAAUGCUUGUGGCCUUAUGUGGGCAAAUAAGGGUACUUUGAGGGAUCUUACCAAAGGAGGGAAGCAGAUCUCUUUUGAUCAAAAUGAGAUGGGAAAUAUUAAGCCUUCAACUUUGGAACGAGAAAAUCCUUAUGCUAACCGUGAUGAAGAGGGAAGCCCAGAAGAGAGCAAGCCAGGACCAUUAGAUUCUGACAACUCUGUGAGACCAAAUGAACAGGACUUACAGGAUACUUUGGAUGAUCUCGGCAAUGUUUCAAGUUCAGAAUUUGAGAUCCCUGGGAAUUUUGAUGAUCAGGUAGUGGUCUUUUAGUGACUUGACAUGAAGCAUAUUGGAGACUAACCAUAUCAUUGAGCUAGGUUAAUGCUGUAAAUGUUAUUUCUCCAAGUUUAUGAUACCAACUUACAGGUUGACAUUGAUGAAUUCUAAUAUGGGAGGUGAGUGGCCAGGGAAUUGAGAUCAUGCCAUUGAUGAUGAAGAUGCAGUUUAUACUAACUAGUAUUAGAAAUCCAGAGAUAGUUUUUGUUUAUAAGACAGAAUUUUGUGCACGCAAGUUCUGGGCAUUUACUAGGACAUUUGUUUUAUAAUGUGAAUAAUGUUGUCCCCUUUUUCUUUUUGUUGCUUCCUUCGCUGUUUCACAUUAGAUUCCAUUGUAUAACCAAAUAUUUAAUUGCAUUAGAAAUGAAAAGUUAAUGCUUUGCAUCU